CAGCUGUUGUUGUUUUUGCUAGAGUGUGGUGAGAGUAGAAUUCGAAAAAACCCGAUGAUAUUUAAUUAAAUUGCGAUAAUUUAAUAAUGGAACAAUACACAAUACAGUCUUUUUCUGAAAAUAUAUUUAAUUACGUGACGGGAAGUGUUAACAUUGGCCGAGGACUUUUGAUUAAAAAACAUAUGGAAAAUCUACAAACGCACGGGGAUUUUAGUUUUCCAAAUACUUUAAAAUCUUGGCAUAAAUAUGUAAAAUUGGGCACUAAUACCGAAAAAAACAUUUCAUUAAUGACUUACAUUGGUAAGGAUGUGCAAGACUUGAUUAAUGAAUCAAGAAAUUGGGUGUUAGAAGUGAAAAGUGCUAAGGAAGUAAAAGAGCGCAUUUUCUUGUUUCUUGAAAGAUCUAAGGCAAUCCGCGUUGGUUUAACGGAAGGAUUGAAAAUUAAUGAAAUUAUUGCAAAAAGAAUAACUGAAAAAUCGUCAGGGAUAUGUUGCGAUCCAGAAUGUGAUAGUUUGAAUUGUCUAACCUCACUCCGGUUGAAGUAUUUGUGUAGUGUUGUGCAGAAUCUUUGUUCAAUACAUACGAAGUGCAGGAAAGAGACAUCCAACAUCAUUAUGACUUCAAAGUCUUCAAGUAAAAGUGAAAAGAGUAGAGUGAUAUUGUGUGGUGCAGUGUUGAAUGCCAAAACUGGGUCAAAGGAAACUGCAGUAACAGCAGAAAAUUUUAUUAGGUUAAGACAAGAAGAAAUGACAUUAAUAGCACAACAUAAGUAUGGUGUAAGAGCAGCCACAGAUGCAAAAUGGAAAGAAUUUAUAAAUCACCUUGGUGAAUCAGCUGUAGCAUUUGAAUUGCUACAAAUACGGCCAAACAGUGCUGUCAAAAUCAAUUUUGAUUGCUCCUCCGCUGGAUCUAGUAAAGGAGCAGCAUUUGUGUUGUACAACUGUGCCAGAUUGGAGACUAUCAUCAGAACAUUCAACAGCAGAGUCAGCGAGGGUUCCUAUCCAGCUCUGCCUAGUUCUGACGAUGUCGAUUUUAGUCUACUUACACAGGAGGAUGAAUGGUGCCUUAUAUUCAACUUCAUCUUGGGCUUCCCUCCGAUGCUCGCCAACUGUGUGGAGUUGACAGAGAAGACGUGUGAAUUCAGGCCACACCAGAUCUGUUCAUUUCUUUGCUCUAUGGUCAGGGUGUUCAGCCAGUACUACAGAAGAGUUAGGAUACUUAUAGAGCCAAGAAAGCACCUGCUACCAGUCAUGUUCGCUCGGAUCCACAUGCUGCAAGUCCUCAAUGAUACCCUUAAGACUUGUCUGAAGAUAUUAAACAUUAAAAGUGUUUCGCAAAUGUAUUUUGUACUUUUUUCUACUAUUGUUGUUACCCUACAUUUAUAUUAAUUUAGUUUAUUUUAU